AUGUCUACGGACGCAGAGAUGGCUGUUUUUGGGGAGGCGGCUCCUUACCUCCGAAAAUCGGAAAAGGAGAGAAUUGCAGCCCAGAACAAACCUUUUGAUGCCAAGUCAUCUGUCUUUGUGGCUCAUCCCAAAGAAUCCUUUGUGAAAGGGACAAUCCAGAGCAGGGAAUCAGGAAAAGUCACUGUCAAGACUGAAGGGGGAGAGACCCUCACUGUGAAGGAAGACCAAGUCUUCUCCAUGAACCCCCCCAAGUAUGACAAAAUCGAGGACAUGGCCAUGAUGACCCACCUCCACGAACCCGCUGUGCUGUACAACCUCAAAGAGCGUUACGCAGCCUGGAUGAUCUACACCUACUCGGGUCUCUUCUGCGUCACUGUCAACCCCUACAAGUGGCUGCCGGUGUACAACCCCGAGGUGGUGUUGGCCUACCGAGGCAAGAAGCGCCAGGAGGCCCCUCCACACAUCUUCUCCAUCUCUGACAAUGCCUAUCAGUCCAUGCUGACUGAUCGGGAGAACCAGUCCAUCCUGAUCACCGGAGAAUCCGGGGCCGGGAAGACUGUGAACACAAAGCGUGUCAUCCAGUACUUUGCAACAAUUGCAGCCAGUGGAGAGAAAAAGAAGGAAGAAAAUACAUCAGGCAAAAUGCAGGGAACGCUUGAGGAUCAAAUCAUCAGUGCCAACCCACUGCUGGAGGCCUUUGGAAAUGCCAAGACUGUGAGGAAUGACAACUCCUCACGCUUUGGUAAAUUCAUCAGAAUCCAUUUUGGUGCCACAGGCAAACUGGCUUCUGCUGACAUUGAAACAUAUCUGCUGGAGAAGUCCAGAGUCACUUUCCAGCUCAAGGCGGAAAGGAGCUACCACAUCUUUUAUCAGAUCAUGUCCAACAAGAAGCCAGAGCUAAUCGACAUGCUCCUCAUUACCACCAACCCUUAUGAUUUCCACUUUGUGAGUCAAGGUGAGAUCACAGUCCCCAGCAUUGAUGAUCAGGAGGAGCUGAUGGCUACAGACAGUGCCAUUGACAUCCUGGGCUUCAGUGCUGAUGAGAAAACAGCCAUCUACAAGCUGACGGGGGCUGUCAUGCACUAUGGGAACCUGAAGUUCAAGCAGAAACAGCGUGAAGAGCAGGCAGAGCCUGAUGGCACUGAAGUUGCUGACAAGGCUGCCUACCUGAUGGGUCUGAACUCAGCAGAUCUGCUCAAGGCCCUCUGCUACCCCCGAGUCAAGGUGGGGAAUGAAUACGUGACCAAGGGCCAAACUGUGCAGCAGGUGAAUAAUUCAGUGGGUGCCCUGGCAAAGGCUGUCUAUGAGAAGAUGUUCCUGUGGAUGGUUGUUCGCAUCAACCAACAGCUGGACACGAAGCAACCCAGGCAGUACUUCAUUGGUGUCCUGGACAUUGCUGGCUUUGAGAUCUUUGAUUUCAACAGCUUUGAGCAGCUGUGCAUCAACUUCACCAAUGAGAAACUGCAACAGUUCUUCAACCACCACAUGUUUGUGCUGGAGCAGGAAGAGUACAAGAAGGAGGGGAUUGAAUGGACAUUCAUUGACUUUGGCAUGGACCUGGCUGCCUGCAUUGAGCUCAUUGAGAAGCCCAUGGGCAUCUUCUCCAUCCUGGAAGAGGAGUGCAUGUUCCCCAAGGCAACUGACACCUCUUUCAAGAACAAGCUCUAUGACCAGCACCUGGGCAAGUCCAACAACUUCCAGAAGCCCAAGCCUGCCAAAGGCAAGGCUGAGGCUCACUUCUCCCUGGUGCACUAUGCUGGCACAGUGGACUACAACAUCUCUGGCUGGCUGGAGAAGAACAAGGACCCUCUGAAUGAAACUGCUGCCCCUAACUUGAGAAGCACUCACCCUCACUUUGUACGGUGCAUCAUCCCAAAUGAAACUAAGACACCUGGUGCCAUGGAGCACGAGCUGGUGCUGCACCAGCUGCGCUGUAACGGCGUGCUGGAAGGGAUCAGGAUUUGCAGGAAAGGCUUCCCCAGCAGAGUCCUGUAUGCUGACUUCAAACAGAGAUACAGGGUACUUAAUGCCAGUGCUAUCCCAGAGGGACAGUUCAUGGACAACAAGAAAGCUUCAGAGAAGCUUCUUGGGUCCAUUGAUGUUGACCACACCCAGUACAGAUUUGGUCACACCAAGGUGUUCUUCAAAGCUGGACUGAUUGGUGUGCUAGAGGAGAUGCGAGAUGAGAAACUGGCAGAGAUUAUGACCAUGAUACAAGCCAGGUGCAGGGGCUUCCUAAUGAGAGUGGAGUACCAGAGAAUGGUGGAGCGGAGGGAUUCCAUCUUCUGCAUCCAGUACAAUGUUCGUGCAUUCAUGAAUGUCAAACACUGGCCAUGGAUGAAGCUGUUCUUCAAGAUCAAGCCCUUGCUGAAGAGUGCUGAGUCUGAGAAGGAAAUGGCCAACAUGAAACAAGAGUUUGAGAAAACCAAGGAGGAACUUGCGAAGUCUGAGGCAAAACGGAAGGAGCUGGAGGAGAAAAUGGUGAAACUGGUGCAGGAGAAAAAUGACCUGCAGCUCCAAGUGCAGGCUGAAGCAGAUAGCUUGGCUGAUGCUGAGGAAAGGUGUGACCAGCUCAUCAAAACCAAAAUCCAACUUGAAGCCAAAAUUAAGGAGGUGACUGAAAGGGCUGAGGAUGAAGAGGAAAUUAAUGCUGAGCUGACAGCCAAGAAGAGGAAACUGGAGGAUGAAUGUUCAGAGCUGAAGAAAGACAUUGAUGACCUUGAGCUAACACUGGCCAAGGUGGAGAAGGAAAAACAUGCCACCGAAAACAAGGUAUCCCGUGACCUGGAAGAGGCCACGCUGCAGCACGAAGCCACGGCUUCCGCCCUGCGCAAGAAGCACGCGGACAGCACAGCUGAGCUGGGGGAGCAGAUCGACAACCUGCAACGCGUGAAGCAGAAGCUGGAGAAGGAGAAGAGUGAGCUGAAGAUGGAGAUUGAUGACUUGGCCAGCAACAUGGAGUCUGUCUCUAAAGCCAAGGCCAACCUGGAGAAGAUGUGCCGCACUCUGGAAGACCAGCUGAGUGAGAUUAAGACCAAGGAAGAAGAGCAUCAGCGCUUGAUCAAUGACCUCAAUGCUCAAAGAGCUCGUCUGCAAACAGAGUCAGGGGAAUAUUCACGCCAGGUGGAAGAAAAAGAUGGUUUGAUAUCGCAGCUAUCCAGAAGCAAACAGGCAUUCACUCAACAGAUUGAGGAACUAAAGAGACAUUUAGAGGAAGAAAUAAAGGCCAAGAAUGCCCUGGCCCACGCCCUGCAGUCCGCUCGCCACGACUGUGACUUGCUCCGGGAACAAUAUGAGGAGGAGCAGGAGGCCAAGGGGGAGCUGCAGAGAGCCCUGUCCAAGGCCAACAGUGAAGUGGCCCAGUGGAGAACCAAAUACGAGACGGACGCGAUUCAGCGCACGGAGGAGCUCGAGGAGGCCAAGAAGAAGCUGGCCCAGCGCCUGCAGGAUGCAGAGGAGCAGGUUGAGGCUGUCAAUGCCAAAUGUGCCUCCCUGGAAAAGACAAAGCAGAGGCUGCAGAAUGAAGUGGAGGACCUGAUGAUUGACGUGGAGAAAUCCAAUGCUGCCUGCGCUGCUCUGGAUAAGAAGCAGAAGAACUUUGACAAGAUCCUGGCAGAAUGGAAGCAGAAGUAUGAGGAAACGCAGGCUGAGCUGGAGGCCUCCCAGAAGGAGUCGCGCUCUCUCAGCACGGAGCUGUUCAAGAUGAAGAAUGCCUAUGAGGAGUCCUUGGACCACCUGGAGACAAUGAAGCGGGAGAACAAGAACUUGCAGCAGGAGAUUUCCGACCUCACAGAGCAGAUUGCUGAGGGAGGAAAGGCAAUUCAUGAGCUGGAGAAAGUCAAGAAGCAGAUUGAGCAGGAGAAAUCUGAAGUCCAGGCUGCUCUGGAGGAAGCUGAGGCCUCCCUGGAACAUGAAGAGGGGAAGAUCUUGCGGCUGCAGCUUGAGCUCAACCAGGUGAAGGCUGAGAUUGACAGGAAGAUAGCAGAGAAAGAUGAAGAGAUUGACCAGCUGAAGAGGAACCACCAGCGAGUUGUGGAGUCCUUGCAGAGCAGCUUGGAUGCUGAGAUCAGGAGCAGGAAUGAAGCCCUGAGGCUGAAGAAGAAGAUGGAGGGAGACCUGAAUGAAAUGGAGAUCCAGCUGAGCCAUGCCAACCGUGUGGCUGCAGAGGCACAGAAGAACCUGAGAAACACCCAGGCAGUGCUCAAGGACACCCAGAUUCAUCUGGAUGAUGCUCUCAGGACAAAGGAUGACCUGAAGGAGCAGGUGGCCAUGGUGGAGCGCAGAGCAAACCUGCUGCAGGCUGAAAUUGAGGAGCUCCGGGCAGCCCUGGAGCAGACAGAGCGGUCGAGGAAACUGGCUGAGCAGGAGCUUCUGGAUGCCACUGAACGUGUGCAGCUCCUCCAUACCCAGAACACCAGUUUGAUCAACACCAAGAAGAAGCUGGAAACAGACAUUGCCCAGAUCCAGGGUGAAAUGGAGGAUACCAUCCAGGAAGCCCGCAAUGCUGAGGAGAAGGCCAAGAAGGCCAUCACAGAUGCGGCCAUGAUGGCAGAAGAGCUGAAGAAGGAGCAGGACACCAGUGCCCACCUGGAGAGGAUGAAGAAGAACCUGGACCAGACAGUGAAGGACCUGCAGCACCGUCUGGACCCCCAAUGGAAGCAGAAGUAUGAGGAAACGCAGGCUGAGCUGGAGGCCUCCCAGAAGGAGUCGCGCUCUCUCAGCACGGAGCUGUUCAAGAUGAAGAAUGCCUAUGAGGAGUCCUUGGACCACCUGGAGACAAUGAAGCGGGAGAACAAGAACUUGCAGCAGGAGAUUUCCGACCUCACAGAGCAGAUUGCUGAGGGAGGAAAGGCAAUUCAUGAGCUGGAGAAAGUCAAGAAGCAGAUUGAGCAGGAGAAAUCUGAAGUCCAGGCUGCUCUGGAGGAAGCUGAGGCCUCCCUGGAACAUGAAGAGGGGAAGAUCUUGCGGCUGCAGCUUGAGCUCAACCAGGUGAAGGCUGAGAUUGACAGGAAGAUAGCAGAGAAAGAUGAAGAGAUUGACCAGCUGAAGAGGAACCACCAGCGAGUUGUGGAGUCCUUGCAGAGCAGCUUGGAUGCUGAGAUCAGGAGCAGGAAUGAAGCCCUGAGGCUGAAGAAGAAGAUGGAGGGAGACCUGAAUGAAAUGGAGAUCCAGCUGAGCCAUGCCAACCGUGUGGCUGCAGAGGCACAGAAGAACCUGAGAAACACCCAGGCAGUGCUCAAGGACACCCAGAUUCAUCUGGAUGAUGCUCUCAGGACAAAGGAUGACCUGAAGGAGCAGGUGGCCAUGGUGGAGCGCAGAGCAAACCUGCUGCAGGCUGAAAUUGAGGAGCUCCGGGCAGCCCUGGAGCAGACAGAGCGGUCGAGGAAACUGGCUGAGCAGGAGCUUCUGGAUGCCACUGAACGUGUGCAGCUCCUCCAUACCCAGAACACCAGUUUGAUCAACACCAAGAAGAAGCUGGAAACAGACAUUGCCCAGAUCCAGGGUGAAAUGGAGGAUACCAUCCAGGAAGCCCGCAAUGCUGAGGAGAAGGCCAAGAAGGCCAUCACAGAUGCGGCCAUGAUGGCAGAAGAGCUGAAGAAGGAGCAGGACACCAGUGCCCACCUGGAGAGGAUGAAGAAGAACCUGGACCAGACAUCUGAGGAAGACAGGAAGAAUGUCCUCAGGCUGCAGGAUCUGGUGGACAAGCUGCAAAUGAAAGUAAAAGCCUACAAGAGACAAUCUGAAGAGGCUGAGGAGCUGUCCAAUGUCAACCUGUCCAAGUUCCGCAAGAUCCAGCACGAGUUGGAGGAAGCCGAGGAGCGGGCUGACAUUGCAGAGUCACAGGUCAACAAGCUCCGAGCCAAGAGCCGGGAGUUCCACAGGAGGAUAGAAGAGGAAGAGUGAGAAUGUCCUGAGGCAGCAAAGUGACCUGAGGGGCUGCACAAAAUGUGAACCCCUUGGUCACUUUCCUUCUGCCAUGAAUCUUUGUGCCCACCUCAGUGUCUAGUGAAUAAAGGUUGUAGUAGAUUCCUCUGCAUGCA